AGCCGUUCGCUGAUUGGUGGACUCUCCGGGUGACCCCACCCCCAGCGCGGCGUCUGAUUGGCCUGCGUUUCGCUGACGCGGUCCUCCCCUUCCCCCAUUCUAGAUCCCGCGCGCCCAAGGUAACACUCGGCGAGACGAAGGGUCAAGCGAGCAAGAGCGCACGAGCCUCUCUCUCUUGGCUGCUGAUUGGACGAUUCCCUCGCUCGGCGCAUCACUUGAUUGGUCUGCGGCAGCUUCGGCUCUCCCCAUUGGCUGGUGCUGGACCUGCCUGCUCUCUAUCGGCUUCUCCUAUUGGCUGGCUGUUCCCCAGUCAGUGAGUGCGCCUGGCCACGCGCAGUGUCUCGCGGCGGCGGUUGGAACGGAUCGAGGCGCGCGCCGCUUUCCUCCAUUAUAACCUCCUGGGCCCCGGCUUCAUCUUCCUCACCGUAUCCUCCCCCCGGACCGAGCUCGGCGCUGCCCUCCGGUUCCCCUCCAGCUCCCCUCGGAACAUGCUCAAGCAGCCGGCAUUGCCAAGCCGCAAACCCGCCGCAAUGGCAGUGCCUGGAAACGGCUCCCCCGGGAGCCCCAACGGGAACCUCCCCUCCGCCGGCAGCAGGAGCGCGGAGCGGGGCGCAGCGGGAAGGGGCAGAAGUAUAGUAAAAGGCCUGCAGCCUCCGGUUUUUGAAGGGGUUUAUAAUAAUUCUCGCAUGCUGCAUUUUUUAACUGCUGUUGUGGGUUCAACGUGUGACGUGAAGGUGAAAAAUGGUACUGUAUACCAAGGGAUCUUCAAGACCUUAAGCUCUAAGUUUGAGCUGGCUGUUGAUGCCGUGCACAAAAAGACAAAUGACCAGCCUGUGGGGCCAAAGCGUGAGGAUAUUGUGGACACCAUGAUUUUCAAGCAUUCAGAUGUUGCAGUGGUUCAUUUCCGCAACGUAGACUUCAAUUAUGCUACAAAGGAUAAAUUCACAGACUCUGCUAUUGCCACAAGCUCUAAAGUAAAUGGUGAGCACAAGGAAAAGGUACUAAUGCGGUGGGAUGGAGGAGAGACAAAUACCGACGAAUACGAUCUUGACUCUGAUAUGUCAAAUGGCUGGGAUCCAAACGAUAUGUUCAAGUUUAAUGAAGAUAACUAUGGUGUGAAGACCACAUAUGAUAGCAGCCUGUCUUCUUACACGGUUCCUUUAGAAAAGGAUAAUAGUGAAGAGUUUAGGCAGCGAGAAGCACGGGCAGCACAACUGGCUCGAGAGAUAGAAUCCAGUCCCCAGUAUCGUGCACGGAUUGCCAUCGAAAAUGAUGACUGCAGGACUGAGGAGGAGAAACACAGUGCUGUCCUCCGGCCCAGCUCUGACCGGGACAGCCCCAGCCUGGGGUCAAGAGAUGGGAAGUAUGUUCCACUUCCUCAGCGGGUUCGUGAUGGUCCUCGUGGGGGACUAAGAAGUGGCACGCCUAGAGGAAGACCCGGAUUAGGCUCCAUACCCUCCCGGGGAUCCUCUCAACAUUAUCCAGAAACAAAUUCCAGCCCUGCCCCAGAACAGAGAGGCAUCAAUGGAGGACCCUCAAGGAUGUCGCCCAAAGCUCAACGACCAAUCAGAUGCUCCAAGCCCAUGUCUUCUCCAUCCACUAGACCAGUUGAAGUGUCCACCUCGCCAUCAGCUUCCUCUCGUGUGUACUCCCCACUGUCUCCUAAAUCCAGUUCUUCUGUAAGUUCCGUUGAUUCUUCUUUGGGAGCGCCUUCUACUACGUCAACCCCUGACUUGCGGCCUGCAGCAGAGCCCAUCAUGGCUGCUAAGCCAUCAUCUCCGAAGAGCGUGACUCCCAUUUUACUUGGGGAAGGUAAAGAGAUUCCUACUCCACCUGCAGUGAGAGAGCCAGGUCGUACACCAGAACAGAACGCUCAGCCUGAUGUUAUCAAGCAGCCUUGUAAAGUGCUGCAGAUUGAUCAAAAGCGAAAUCAACUGGAUGAACUUCGCAAAUUUGGGGCAGAGUUCAGACUACAGCCAAGCACUGGCCCAGAGUCUGAAGCCUUCUCAUCAAGGCCAAGAGAUGCAUUAGAGACAAAAGUUCCUCAGCCAGACUCCACCCCAUGUGAAGGAGCAGAGCCUCCCAGCACCGUGCAGAAAAUCCUUGAGCCAGCAGAAGACAAAGAGGACAGAGUUUGUGACAAUUCGGAGCCGCAAGAUGAGGUAGUUAGUCCUCCAAGCAAGACUGAAACCGAAGGAAAGGAGGAGCCAGCAGUGUGCGAUCAAGUGAAGAAAUCCACCCUGAAUCCGAAUGCUAAAGAAUUUAACCCUUCCAAAACCCUUCUAGCCGUGAACAAAGCGACCAGUACGCCCACCUCCCCUGGACCAAGGAACCACUCCACCACCAUUCCAAUGCUGACUGCUGGGCAGAGUGGGGUGUACAGUCCAUACAUAUCCUACAUUCCCCAGCUUCACAUGAGCCAAACUGUGCAAGCUCCUCAGAUGUACCAGUAUCCAGGCUCUGUGCCAGGGCAGCAGGGGAAAUACAGACCAAAAGGAUCCCUUCCUCCUCAGCGCUCUGACCAGCCAAACUCCGCUCCCCCUCUCAUGCAAGCAGCAGCUGCUGCUGGGCCUCCUCUAGUAGCAGCCACACCAUAUUCACCUUACAUCUACAGCCCUCAGCAGUUCCCUGGACAGCCAACAAUGAUGCAGCCCGUGGCCCAUUAUUCUUCUCAGCCUGUUUUUGCUCAGAUGAUUCAAGGUAACACACGUUUGAUUGCAUCUGGCAACCAUCAAGCUUUGGUUUCUUCAUCUAAUCCUCAGUACCCUCCCAACGAUCAGCCCAAUCCACAAACUCUCUAUGCCACUGUGCAUCAGUCGUACUCUCACCAUGCAGCGCAGCUUCACCCACAGCCAGCUAGCACCCCUACCCAAAGCCAGCAACAAUCCCAGCAUGCCAAUCCCAGUCCUGUGCAGCAUCAAGGUGGCCAGCCUCCGCAUAUGGGUAGUGGUCAACCUCAGCAGAAUUUGUACCAUGCAACUGCCUUAACAGCAACUCCCCCCUCCAUGACUCCUGGGCCAACUGCACAGUCCCCACAGAACAGCUACCCCCAGCAAGCUGUAUAUGCCAUCCAUGCACAUCAGCAGCUUCAGCACGGGUACACAAAUAUGUCUCACGUGGCUCAGGCUCAUGUGCAGUCUGGAAUGACAGGAGCACCUCCCCCUCCCCAUCCUGGUGGCCCUCACCCCCCACACCCUGGUGGCCCUCAUCCUCCCCAGGUUAUGCUUUUACAUCAUUCCCAGACCCAUGGAGGUCUUCCACAGGGCGGUGUUCAGCAGACAACCGUAUCAAACCCUUCAGCGUACACCUAUAUACAGCAUCAUCCAGUUCAAUCACAUCCGUCCCAACAACUUCCAUUCCACCCACCCGGUAACUGAGCUCUUAAACUAGCCCUCCAGUCAUAACCCCCGAAGCAAUCCUGCCUCCAGCCCCUGUGGUCCUGGAAACUGCAUGAGGCAGAAUAUGUGGCCCCCAGCCUGCAUAGAGACUUCCUGAGGUGAUGGAUCUGAGGGCUUCCAGAGGCAAGUGUGUAGGACCUGCCUCCAAAGCCCUGCAAGGGAUAUCCAAGGCAAUGGAGAGUAAACUGUCCGAAAGAGUUACGAUGUGUGGAUUCUUCAGUGUGAGGCAGUUCCUAUCCUUCCACUGGCCCCAAUGGGGGGGGGAAUUUGUUUUUUGGUUUGGUCUGUGGGGUGGGAGUUCUCAACUCUCAUCAUUUUACAGAGACUGGAAUAAAACAAUUUUUAUUUUUAACUUAUGAAGAAAAUUGGGCAAUUCCAAGGCAGAUCUUUAGUGUUUAUUGUUUUUGUAUUUUAUUUUAAUUUUAUUUUCCCCCCUUUUCUCCUGAUCUUUUCCCUCCUUUCUCUCCAUCACCUUUACUCAUUAACUUGAACUGAGUGAUGGACUACUUUUUAUUAAAUAAAAUAUUUAAAAAAGAAAAAAAACUACAAAAAGUUUA